UCCGGGUGUCGACUCGUUGCAAAAUAGAUCAUUCCACUCUGCAGUCGUGGAAGUGGGCAGUCACUGAGAUAAACCUGGAAAAAUAGCGAAUGAUGCUGUCAGAAGUCUUGAAGGUGCUGCGAGGAGCUGGUAAAGUGGGCUCUUCACUGGUCUCCACUCAAGGAGAGCAGCUCCGAUUAAUGGCCUGCAACUCCUCCCUGGGAGCAGGGGUCAAAGUUGCUCAGGAUGUGGUAGAAGAACUGGUUGGCACAUUUAUGGGUGGCAGCAGUCAGCAGCAGCAGUCAGUACAGGAGGAUGUGUUUCCGGAUGCGGAGGGCUGGGAGAAUAUGGACCCUGAAGAAGCAGCCAAAUGGGCUGUGGGGUCCGAUUUCCCCCCUGCUGAAGGGGAGCACAGCCAAACAGAAACGGGACCUGCAGCACAGAUGCACACAGGGGUACCUCCUAAAUCAGGAAUGGCAGGAGGCGGCGCAGGCUGGCCUGGACAGGGUGCUCGCUUCCUUCACACCACCUCAGCCCUCCACCGGUACUACUUCCAGAGCAGGUCUCUCCACAACACUGUUGUGGCCAAGCUCACACCUGAGGACAUCAAGAAAGCCCGGGAGGCAAAGCAGGCAUUGGCCAAACCUGUCAAACAGAAGCUGAGCGACCGUGCCAAAGAGAGAAAGGUGCCCGCCACAAGAAUCAGCAGGCUGGUUAAUUUCGGGGGAUUGGCGGUAGGGCUGGGAAUCGGUGCCAUUGCAGAAGUGGCAAAGCAGUCACUAGGAGGCAAACAAAAAGCAGAUGUAAGCUCCCUGCUAGACUCUCCCUUCCUGUCAGAGGCCAAUGCUGAGAGAAUAGUCAGCACUCUGUGUAAGGUCCGUGGAGCUGCUCUCAAGAUAGGCCAGAUGCUCAGCAUACAAGACAACUCCUUUAUCAACCCCCAACUGCAGAAGAUCUUUGAGAGGGUCCGACAGAGUGCAGACUUCAUGCCCACAUGGCAGAUGACUAAAGUUCUGGAGGAGGAUCUGGGGCCAGGCUGGCGAGAAAAGCUUUCUUCCUUUGAGGACAAACCAUUUGCUGCAGCUUCUAUUGGCCAAGUCCACCACGGGGUUUUAAAAGAUGGUAGAGAAAUCGCCAUGAAGAUCCAGUACCCUGGUGUGGCAGAGAGCAUCCGCAGCGACAUAGACAACCUGAUGGCAGUACUGAAAAUGAGCGUGGCUCUGCCAGAAGGUCUGUUUGCAGAUAGCAGCCUGGAGGUUCUACAGAGAGAACUGGCAUGGGAGUGUGAUUAUAAGAGGGAAGCACAGUGUGCCAAGAAGUUCAGAUCACUGCUGGAGGGAGACGAGUUUUUCCAAGUCCCCGAGGUGAUUGAUGAGCUGUCAGGCCACAGGGUGCUCGCCAUGGAAUUGGUGCAGGGCGUCCCACUGGACAUGUGCGUAGAGCUGGACCAGGAGACCAGGAACCAGAUCUGUUCCAACAUCCUGCAGCUGUGUCUCAGGGAGCUGUUUGAGUUCAGAUUCAUGCAAACGGAUCCAAACUGGGCCAACUUCUUCUACAACUCAGACACCAACAAGGUUGUUCUUUUGGAUUUUGGAGCGUGCAGAGGCUACCCAGAAUCCUUCACAGACGACUACAUACAGGUGGUUUAUGCAGCUUCUGUCGGCGAUCGAGCCACCGUUCUUUCCAAAUCCAAGGACCUGAAAUUCCUGACGGGCUUCGAGGCCAAGGCCUUCGCAGAUGCUCACGUGGAAGCGGUGAUGAUUCUCGGUGAAGCCUUCGCAUCCGCCGAGCCCUUCGACUUCGGCACUCAGAACACUACUCAGCGCAUUCAGAGCCUCAUCCCAGUCAUGCUCCGCCACCGCCUCACCCCUCCACCUGAGGAGACCUACUCCCUCCACCGCAAGAUGGCCGGCUCCUUCCUCAUCUGCUCCAAGCUGAAGGCGAAAAUACCGUGCAAGGACAUGUUCCUCGAUGUGUACCAAGCCUACAUGCAGCGUAGGCAGGCCGGGCAUGCAGCGCAGGCUAGGGCUUAGCAGUUCUGAGACAAGUUUCUUAAUUUGCCUUUCUCAGAGUGGCUCAGGAGCACAGAGACAGAAAAGAGUCACACUUAAUUCCACAAGUGGAGCCACUGGAUUGGACGUACAUCAUGUCAGUAAUAACAGACUUUGCCAGCGUGCUCUAACAAGGACCACAAAUGACUUUUGCUGCUACACGUCACUCACAUCAGUGUGAGGAUGUUGUUAAGGAUGUCCAAACACAACAUUUUGGUGUGACCUUUACUUUUAUGUACAGAUAAAAAUUAAACAAUGAACUGAUCACAGAGAAGUGCAGGCUUUCUGAUUAAAUUUUGUAAAAGCAAACACACAAAGCAAGGAGAGCUGCAUGUUCUGUUUGUCCUCCCAGCUUCAGCUGGGUUUGCCUGCGAGCUCCACCUUAUUUUUAAGUGGAGCGAGUAUCUUCUGUCUUGGGGGGUGAUGAUACUGCCCCUGCUCUGAAUCACAGAUGCUGCCAACUACCGAGCCCUGUUUUUAUAGAAGGCAUUUUGUGCUUGCUGAUGAGUUGGUGAAUAAAGCUUUCACCUAAAUGUGAUGGCUGCCAGCCGAGAUGAGCAGAUUAUCAGAUUAAUUAGAGAAGACAGUCUAAUGGACCCUACAGAAUAAUGGCCUUGCAUUAUAAAGUGCACUUGGCAUAAAACUCCAUAACAUGAAGUACCGUCAGCUCUUUUUCAUGUUUAUUUAUUGCAAAUACCUGUACUGUAUCUUUAGAAGGCAGUGUGC